AUGUCGGGAGUGGUACGCAGUCUGAGCCGCUGCCUUCUCCCGGCCGAGGCGAGCCCUGACCCGGGUAGCGGCAAAGACAGAGACCGCCGAUGGGAAAAGGAGAACCAGCAAGAGGCGGCGAAGCGGGAGCGAGAGGCCAAGCGGAGGAGCAGGGAGAUAGACGCCAUGCUGGCCCGGGAGAGGAGAGCUGUGAGACGGCUUGUCAAGAUACUGCUGUUGGGCGCUGGGGAAAGCGGAAAAUCGACUUUUCUCAAACAAAUGCGAAUUAUAAAUGGGCAUGAGUUUGAUCAAAAGGCGCUGCUGGAUUUCCGGGAUACUAUUUAUGAUAAUAUACUCAAGGGCAUGCGGGUGCUGGUGGACGCCAGGGACAAGCUGGGCAUCAGUUGGCAGAGGUGUGAGAAUGAGAAGCAGGGCAUGCUUGUGAUGUCGUGGGAAGGCCGCGUGGGCACCACAGGGGUGGAGCCUGGAGAGUUCCAGCUGUACGUGAUGGCUCUGAGCGCGCUAUGGGCUGACACCGGGAUACAAGAGGCCUACUGCAGACGCUCUGAGUUCCAACUGAGUGAAUCAGUCAAGUACUUCUUGGAUAAUUUGGACCGGAUUGGACAGCUGAACUACAUUCCGAAUAAGCAGGACAUUCUGUUUGCAAGGAAAGCCACCAAGGGGAUUGUGGAGCAUGACUUCUUCAUCAAGAAGAUCCCCUUCAAGAUGGUGGAUGUGGGGGGUCAGAGGUCGCAGAGGCAGAAGUGGUUCCAGUGUUUUGACGGCAUCACAUCCAUCCUCUUCAUGGUCUCAUCGUCAGAGUAUGAUCAGGUCUUGAUGGAGGACCGGCGCACAAACCGGCUGGUGGAGAGCAUGAACAUCUUCGAGACCAUUGUCAACAACAAGCUCUUCCUCAACGUGUCCAUCAUCCUCUUCCUCAACAAGACAGACCUGCUUGCAGACAAGAUCCGCAUCGUGGAUGUGCGGAAAAACUUUCCUGAGUUCAGAGGAGACCCGCGCCGGCUGGAGGACGUGCAGGCGUUUCUGGUGCAGUCGUUUAGUCGAAAGAGGAGAAACCGAGGGAAGCCCUUGUUCCACCACUUCACCACUGCAGUGGAUACGGAGAAUAUCCGCUUUGUGUUCCACGCUGUCAAAGACACCAUCCUGCAGGAGAACCUGAAAGACAUAAUGCUCCAGUGA